CAGACACAUUAUAAAUAAACACAUUGAGAAGAGAUUUUAAUUGUAACACAAACUUGAAUAAGAUGAAGAAUGUUAUGGUGGUUAUUGACGAAAGCAACUCAAGUUAUGAUGUACUCGUUUGGGUCCUUCAAAAUCUUAAAGAUAUAAGUGAUAGCAAUAAACUUCUGAUAUUUGCAAAACAGCCACAAAGUUCUGUUACUCCUAUCUCACUAUCUUCAUCAGUGGCAUUUGCUCAACUUUUCUAUCCAUUUUCACCCAGUGGAGAACUCAUAAGACUAGCUCAACAAAGGAAUAUGAAGAUUGCUCUGGGUAUACUAGAGAAAGCCAAGAAGAUAUGUGGAAAUCAUGGGAUUAAAGCAGACACAUUCACUGAUGUCGGAGACCCAAAUGAGCCAAUCCACAAGAUAAUUCAAGAGCGAAAGGUCAAUUUACUAGUUACGAGCGAUCAACAAAACCAAAGUCUCAAAAAGUGUUUACACAAUACAGAUUGCUCUCUUCUUGUCGUGGAGAAGUGAAUUCGUAUAAAUUAGUGAUUCGCUAAACUUAAUAUGGUACGAACCACUAUCUUAUAUAAUUUGUAUGCAUGCGAUUAUGUAAACUAUAUGAUUGUUCUAGUUUGGGAUUAUUGAACUUUUGACUGUAUGUAUAUUAUUAAUAAAAUAUGAUGUUUUACAUUUCAUAUGUUGUUGAUGCAUGGGUGCCUUGGACCUAACCUGAAAAAUAGAAAAUCAAUGAUUAAAUUGGUUAAAAUUUUCUGAACUGAACAAAGCAAAAUGAAAAUUAAAAACAAAUGAAAUGUGUAUAAGUUAAAAAAAAAACUAACUACUGGGAAAUUAACAUUGUGUGAAUUAAUCGGUUGGGCAUUGUUGAUAACUAGUUAUAAAUUAAUUAUUAUCCUAAAUAGAUGUUGUAGAAUGUGUCAAAUAAAUUUAAUUAGGUGUUACAAGAAGUGUUAGAUUGUCUAAUACAGAACUCUGAGCCAAACCUCGAGCGCUAACUGUAAAGCUAAAAGAAUUUGAGGAAUUAACCAAUGAUAGCAUUCUGUCCCAAGAAACGCACGCUUAAGAUGGUGAAUUACAUCAGUAUGCUACUAGCACCAUACAUAAUGGCGAAAAAUGCCUAAUUUAUCUAAACAACUGCUUUUUGAUAUGGCACACUUAAGUAGGUUGAGUUUUGUGAUGGAUAUUAUUAUUAUGCACCAGCAAUCGUUUUUUAAAGAACAAGCAAAAAACACUUUCACAAACACACAAAUUUUAAUCAAAAUAGUUUUAGCUUAUAUGUUUUUUUAAUAGAAUUUACGUACUAUAUAAAACAAAGAAAUAUUGUUGAGAAUAAAAAAUCUAAGAAAAGGAACAAAGAUCCAAAUGAAGAAUACAACUUAAAUAAAUCAAAUGGUGAACUAUAACUUGGCCUUCUGGUCGACCAACCGGGAUCAAUGACAUUCUAAGAAGUGCUGGAGCUAGGAAAAACUUUUAGGUGGGUCAUUUAGCUAAAUUUGCUAAAAUUAUCUAGAUUUUUAAAGAGAAAUUAUACAAGUUUAAAAAAAAAAAUCCACCUCGGUCAAUUGACCCACUUGCCAAUACAUUGGCUCCGCCACUGAUUCUGGGUCGACUCAAAUGCUCCUCACAGUGUCUCAGUUGAAUGAAGUCAUCUCCAUUUGCUCAUUUGAUGCGCAAUCCUCCUUGGCCAUAUUGAUCUUUCAUAGCUGGCAUGUUGGUUCCAUGAAGAAUGCCAGUCAUGAUCGUAGCACUGCAGGUGCUGAGCUUACCAGUACUCAGAGCGAAACCAGGUUUCGUUGGUUUAAUGCAUCGGAUUUUGACACAGUCAUCGGGUACUUUCCCCCUUUUUUUCUUUCCUUUGUUAUAGUUUUUAUUUAUUUAAUAUAUUAUCAGUUUGCUUGUUACUUCAGUUGAAAAUUGAAAAUAGUAACAAAAGUCUUACCAUUAUCAAAAAAAAGGAAUAUAACCAAUCUCGAAUAGCAGAAUGACGAAAACGAAAUUGAACUCAAAAUGGCCCACCAAAGGCCCAAUAUACAAUUUAGCAUUGAAUGUCUCACGAUACCAUAUCUAUUUACCUUAUCUUCCAAAGCUUUUCAUCUGGUGUGUGCGCUCCUCCAUGGCUGUUCCUCUUCCACUCUCAGUCUCAACAAAUCCUCUCAUCUCCCGCCACUGUCACCGUCUCUACUCCCCUUCCACUUCAUUUAAGGGAAAUGUAAGCGUCUUAGGAGCAAACCCAUGUCACAUUCUUUCUCGGAAACUCCACCUCAAGCGUCGAUCGGGACCCCUUCUUGUGUUCAACCAAACGUCUUCUUCUUCUUCUCCUGGAUCAGAGAGGUUCCGACUGGAUAAUCUGGGACCACAACCCGGUUCGAGGAAGAGGGCGAAGAGGAAAGGUAGAGGUAUCUCUGCAGGACAGGGAGCUAGUUGUGGUUUCGGGA